AUGGGACCUGGCGGACCAGGAGGGCCUGGUGGCGGGCCUGGUUGGGGGCCUGGCCCGGGAGGACUUGGUGGUGGGCCUGGUGGGGGACCCGGUUGGGGCCCUGGUGGACCUGCUUGGAGUCCUGGGCCGGGAGGCCCUGGCUGGGGUCCACCUGGACCUGGAGGCUUUUUUGGUGGAUUUGCUGACGGUUUAUUUAGCCUCAUAUCUUCAUGCUUUUACUGCUUAUGCUGUUGCUGGUUGGUACAAGAUUGCUUCGGUGGCCCACCACCACCACCAGGCCCAGGCCCAGGCCCUUUCUAG